CCCCUCUCGCCCGCCAGAAAUAUCACAAAUACGAGAGAGAGAGAGAGAUGCCGACGGGGAGGCUGAGUGGCAACAUCACCCAGGACUGGGAGCCGGUGGUGCUGCGGCGGACGAAGCCGAAGGCCUCCGACCUCAAGUCGACGAAGGCGGUGAACCAGGCGCUUCGCUCGGGAGCGCCCGUGGAGACGGUGCGGAAGGCGGCGGCGGGCACGAACAAGCACUCCUCCGCGGCGGCGGCGGCGUCCGCGCCCGCGAGGAAGCUGGACGAGACGACGGAACCGGCGGCGGUGGAGCGGGUGGCGGCGGAGGUGCGAGCGGCGAUCCAGAAGGCGCGCGUGGCGAAGGGGUGGAGCCAGGCGGAGCUGGCGAAGCGCAUCAACGAGCGCGCGCAGGUAGUGCAGGAGUACGACAGCGGCAAGGCCGCGCCCGUGCAGGCCGUGCUCGCCAAGAUGGAGCGCGCGCUCGAGGUCAAGCUCCGCGGCAAGGCGGUCGGCGCGCCCCUGGCGGCCGGCGGCAAGUGAUGAUCGGCGCUGAUUUGAAUCCUGGCGGCUUAGUUUGUGUGAAUCGGUGGUCAAUCAAAUGUGUAGUUUGUGUUGUGGUCACUGAUUUUGGAUCAUAGAUGGGGAUGUGAAUCUGUAGGGCAUGUGCAGUGAUUUCUAGAAACUUCGUGCGGAUUUGUUGCAAAGUCUCAUGGUAAUGACAAGUAGUCAAGAUUUGGUA